GGUCAUCGAUCAACAUGGCGGAGAAGAUAACGGACCGAGAACUCGUGGAGGAACUGAAGCGGUUUGGAGAAACAGUGAGUCUGCCAUUUAAGCUGGGCAAGCGGCAGAUAUACAUUAAAAAGCUGAAUCAUCACAAAUCUAAGGCAAAUAGUGGAGAUCAGACAACCAGGAAGUCCUCAAAGCGUGCACACCUCGAUGUUUUGAGCUCCGAUGAUAGCGACUUCGAAAGCGCGGGUCAGACUGACCGACAGAGAUCCAAGAUCGUUAGUGGAGUAUCCAAGUCACUUAGACGCAGAUCUACGGCAAACACACCCAUCACACCCCCAAAACCUAAACCAUCUAGCAACAGAGUGUCGUUAGGACGGCCAAGUUUGCGGUCCAGGAAAUCCGAACAACAAACAGACGACUCGCCUCGUAUCACGAAAUUAGAAGCACGUCAAUCUACAUCACGAUUGUAUCCCGAUUUGAGUGACCUGAACGCAUCUGGCAGCCUUGGAAACAGAUCCAGAAUAAACGAGACAUUUGAGUCGUCUGACUCCGAUCUGGAAGAAAGUACAUACGAGGUUGAGAACAAGUCUGUGAACACGACAUUUACCAUUGAAAGCAACAACAGUUUAAAUGAUGGCAGGUCGCCGAAUAGGUCGCAUCAGACAAAGUCCAACACAACUUACUCAAAUCAUGUCACCCCAGUCACACAUGCUAACUCCAAACGUCACACAACAAAUCAUACAUCAUCCAAGCAUGUGAAUGACUCGAAGAAAAAUUACAAACUCUACCCUGAGCAUGUGUCUGGAGGUUUGCUAGUUAUUGUUGGAGGGUUCUUCCUGGUCCUGGCUGUCAGUUACCUCUUUGUAAGGAAAGAUGUCAUCUUAGCAUGGUACAGCGGGAUCGGAGAUGUGAAAGCAGCUCCAAAGAGUACUUAUCUUCUUUGUCUGGACACAACUGAGGGUUGUUAUGGAGAGCCGGUUGUGGAGAAGACGAUGAUUGUCAUUCGGGAUUUGUAUGACGUGUUAAGCAGUAAGAAAGGGUUAGUAGUGUGUGGCUCUGCUGAGGAGUGGGAGAAGAACAUGUCUGUGGAACAGUUCAGAACUUACGUGAAGAACAUCAAGAACAAUGAUGUGGUACGUAAAGGCGAGAAUAUUGAGGAGUUGGUGAAGUCCUGCCUGGAUCACAUUGUGUUGAAUCCACACUGGAACAUUAGAGCAGUGGACAAGGAAGGAGAAGACACCAGGACACGACAGUACAUCAAGCACUUGGAAUCAAAUGUUGCCUCCAUGGCGCUCCUAUGUCGCCUUCAGAGGUCCUUCUACCGGGUCACAGGGGCUCUCACCAUCUUAAUCAUUGGCUGUGUGCUGGUGUUCAUGCUGCUGAAGUACCUCAAGUGGCGGAGUCUGGCGAAGGAGCAGGAACUGAGACAUGUGUAUGCCAUGGUGGAUGAGAUCAUAGAUAUUCUCAAAAGACACCAUGAUGUGACACAAGGGGAGAACGGGAGUCACAAUCAGUUUCUGGCCGUGCAGCACGUGCGAGACCAGUUGCUGCCUCCGUCUCGGAGGAAGGAGCUGCAGCCUGUCUGGGAUAAGGCGGUCCUGUUCAUUGAGAAGAAUGAAUCUCGCAUCCGUCUAGAAGAACAAACCAUUGAGGGAGAGGAGUUCCGAGUCUGGAGAUGGAUACAUAAUUCUCCAAAUGGCGGCAAAGUUUGGCAAGGUCAAGCCUUUGGUGAACACAAUGACGACAGCUCCAACACUGUGAUGUAUUGUCCAACGCCAUGUCUGAAGAUCCGCAACAUGUUUGAUGCCGACGUUGAGGGCGAGGAUCCUGCAUGGGAGGUCAAUAUUCAGGACGCCCUGCUGGAGAAGUGCAAGAACAUUGACAGCAUCUUUCACAUCUUUGUCGACAAGGAAUCAAGGGAGGGCUGUGUCUACAUGAAGUGUUCCUGUUGUGAGGCUGCUGGCCGGGCAAGACAGGCUCUGCAUGGAUGGUGGUUUGACCGUCGCCUUGUGACUGUCCGGUACCUGAAGUUGGAUUACUACCAUAACAGAUUUCCAGACUCGGUCAACAUGAAGAAUCCACUCCUCCCAUCAACCAAUCAGAUGUCCUCACUCUCUCAACCAUUUUACAGAUCUUCUCUUGAAAUGACCUAAUAAGGUCAUUUUAGUGUCAUGUGAUCAACUGAAGUGUGCCUUCUGGGUUAUUCAAUGUGGUUUGGCAGUUGUGAUUGGUUGACAGUCCAUGUCUUAUGUAAACAAUUGGCCCAGUAAUUUUCACAACAUAAAUUUAUGGCCAUUCAUGGAUCUUUGUGACAUAGAUGGAUGUCUGGUCCAGUCUAAAGAUCCGGACAUGGUUGCCGGUUGCCAAGCAACCAAUGAAUCCCCGCCUAUACAGGUCAAACACACUGAUGUAGUUGUCGGAGGCAGAACAUUUAUCUAUCUCUCCUUGUUACCAUGGUUACCGUUAGAACGCACAUUGUUUCCAAUAAGAACUUUAAGGGGGACUAAGCUCGGGCAAACUAGCAGUCCUCAUUUAAUUCAAGUCAAUUAAACACCAUUCUAGUUAUAUGCUAACCCCAAGUGUAUGAUGUACAUCAAGCUUGCAGUUAAUGGGUACUUUAAAUGCCCUCACAAGCACUGGUUACUUCGAGACCUAGAACAUGGGUCCCAAGCCGUGGAGCAUCGUCCCCAUCUUAAGCCAAAUACCAUGAUAGCUUAAAUUCUGUGGAUAGCUUAUUUAAUAGUGCCCUGGAUUCUUACUGUCACAAUAUGGCUGGAAUUGUAACUCACUCACCCUAGAUUCUACCAUGACAACGUGAUUUCUUAGUGAUUGUGAUGCCGUGAUAUAACAGGAAUACUGUUCCAAGCGGUGUUAAACAUGAUUUCUUAGUGAUUAUGACUCCGUGAUAUAACAGGAAUACUGUUCCAAGCGGUGUUAAACAUGAUUUCUUAGUGAUUAUGAUGCCGUGAUAUGACAGGAAUACUGUUCAAGGCGGUGUUAAACAUGAUUUCUUAGUGAUUAUGACGCCGUGAUAUAACAGGAAUACUGUUCCAAGCGGUGUUAAACAUGAUUUCUUAGUGAUUAUGACGCCGUUAUAUGACAGGAAUACUGUUCAAGGCGGUGUUAAACAUGAUUUCUUAGUGAUUAUGACACCGUGAUAUGACAGGAAUACUGUUCAAGGCGGUGUUGAACCCAACUCACAUUCUCACUUUAGUGAUUACGUUUCAAUCAUCAUGUCAGGACCUCACUGUAGCUUGUAUAAUCCUGGAAUAUUUAUCAGAAUGUAUAUGUGAGUUUUUACGUGAUUAAUGCAAACGUGUAUGCGAGGCAAAUCGUCAUCUGGUGUUGAGCCCUGUUUAUUACAGCCAUUUUAGGCGGCAACUGUUAAAGACCUGUGUUAUAAAAGGAUCAUAGCUUGAAAACUGCUGGGGGUAUGGGUGACCCAGUCAUCUAAGGCAUCACAAUUCGCUGUGCAGAGUUCUGUCCCUUAGGCAUGCCAGAAAAAUGUGAUUGUGGGUUUCGAAUCCCGGUUCGUCUUUCUAGGUUUGUCAGCCCAUAUACCUACUGGUGGGUUUCACCAAAGUCGUAGACGUUUGAGACCUGCCUCUUUAAAGGCUUUUCUCCCACAUUAAGCUGACACGCCGUGAUGUAACUGGAAUACUGUUCAAAGCCAACAGAUUAACUUACUAAGAUUGAUUUCUUAAACAGAGCCUUCAUUAACUGGGGUCAGCAGGUUUGUUAAUAUUGCACUAAGGGAGACAACUCACUUUACUGGGUAAAAUUUGGCUGCAGGUGAAAGUGUGCAGGGUCUGAAAUACUUCAAUGCAAUUUGUUUGCUUUGUCAGUAGCUGGUGUGUCAGUGUCUUGAGAGCAUUCAAGGGUUCACGAAGAGUUCAAGACCAGUAGGGUUGACAGAAGUCAAGUCUAGUGGGGUUGACCAUGAGGCCAGACCAGUGGGGUUGACUGAGAAAUUAAGUCUAGUGGGGUUGACAGAGAAGUCAGUCUAGUGGGGUUGACCAUGAGGCCAGACCAGUGGGGUUGACCGAGAAGUCAGUCUAGGGGGGUUGACAGAGAAGUCAAGUUAAGUGGGGUUGACCAAGAGGCCAGACUAGGGGGGUUGACCAAGAGGCCAGACCAGUGGGGUUGACUGAGAAAUCAAGUCUAGUGGGGUUGACCAAGAGGCCAGACUAGGGGGGUUGACCAAGAGGCCAGACUAGGGGGGUUGACCAAGAGGCCAGACCAGUGGGGUUGACUGAGAAAUCAAGUCUAGUGGGGUUGACAGAGAAGUCAGUCUAGUGGGGUUGACCAUGAGGCCAGACCAGUGGGGUUGACUGAGAAAUCAAGUCUAGUGGGGUUGACCAAGGAUCCAAGUCCAGAUUGCCCACAGCUGCAGUUAUUGUGAAGUUAAAAACAACAAAUACUGUUUCCUGAAAUACAAGGUUGACAAUAAAAACACUUUUCCAGUAAUUAUUCAACAUGUUGAAUCAUUGGACAGAAAAAUCAGAUGUAAUUGUAAUUUCUAAUUGAGACAGUAGUGAAAUCUGAUGAGGAACUGGUGAAGUUACAUCAAUUCCAAGAUAAGCAGACGCCUUCAGUAAAAUUGACCUUGAAAGAUGAACAGGUUUAAUACUUUAGCCUGCCUGGAGUCCCACCAUGCAGUAUGUCUCAAGGCGUGAUACGCAUGGCUGGGGCUAUGUGAAUAGAAGACCCCCUAGCCACCGCAAGACCCAACUCGCGGUUCCAAUACUGUUGUGUCCGUCGUAAGACAAGUCUUGAGCAGGUUCCAAUACUGUUGUGUCCGUCGUAAGACAAGUCUUGAGCAGGUUCCAAUACUGUUGUGUCCAUCGUAAAACAAGUCUUGAGCAGGUUCCAAUACUGUUGUGUCCGUCGUAAGACAAGUCUUGAGCAGGUUCCAAUAUUUAUUCAGGAAUCGUGCACAGCAUCUGAGAUGGCUGACCCCGGCGAGCACAUGUUUUGGUUUGGUUUGUUGUUUUACGCCACACUCAGCAAUAUUGCAGCUAUAUGACGGCGGUCUGUAAAAUAAUCGAGUCUGGACCAGACAAUCCAGUGAUUGACAUCAUGAACAUCGAU